UCUCUUUUUUCAUUUUUCUCUUCUCUCUCUCCUCUUCUUUCUCCAUCCCCGAACGCCUCCAUCGAACGCUCUCUCUUCUUCUCUUCUUCUCUCUCCAUCCGAACAGCUCUCUCUUCUUCUCUUUGACACCCAUUUCACCCUCCUCUCUCUCGUUGCUCUGUUUUCUCUCUUGGACGCCCACAAUUUUCUGGUGGUUUCUUCAUCAACGGCGGCCUCUUCUCUCGCCCAAAAGUAGAAGUACCCGCGACAGAUUCAGGUCCUUUCUCCCAACUCCAGCUGCCAUUCGAUGCAGGAGUCACCGGUCACACUUUUUUUCUUCAAUUUUUCCUUGGCAAAAGAUUCGAGAGGGGAGAGAGAAAGAGAGAGGUGAUUACCUUCCACGAAAUUCAGUGCUGGGUUUGUGGGCAAAAUGCGAAGUGUGCUAUUGAGGGAGGAAAAUUGCUGAACCCAAGAGAACUCCUCCUGUUUUUUGUGUUUUGGGUUUUUAAUACAAGUCGGUGUGCGGUGUGCAGCACUUAAGUGGGCUUCUCUGUAGCACUUCUCAUCUUUAAUAGCUUGAAAAUAGUCAAUCUACUGCAGCAAGUGUGAUCUCUGCACUCACUUUCCAGUUACCAUUCCAGUCACCGGUGCAAAGCAUUGUUGGGUCACCUGAAACUUGAAAUAAGAUCGAUGUCUACCAAGAAUAAACAAUUAUGUCGUCGAGGUUUUCCACCAUAUCUACCCGAAAACGUCGUCGAAGAAAUACUCCUGCGGUUGCCGGUCAAGUCUUUGGUACGAUUCAAAUGUGUAAGUAAACAUUGGCGCUCCCUAAUCUCAAAUCCCCAAUUCGCCAAAUUGCAGUUCCAGCGAACGUCUGUGCGCUCACAAAGACUUCUCAUAUCAUUCGGUUCUGAAAUUCGAUCCCUAGACUGUGAGGCGCCAUUUCAGGACAGUUCCACUCCCAGUGUAAUUGCCGUCCCUUUCCAAAAACAGGGUCGUUAUGUUAGGAUCAUUGGGUCUUGCAAUGGUCUGGUUUGCGUGGCUCUAUAUAGCCGUAGGUAUUUCUAUAUUUGGAAUCCUUCAACAGGAUAUUACAGGAAACUGCCCGAUCCUGGUAUUUCACUUAGUGAAGGCAUACAUAGUCAUGGCUUUGGAUAUGAUCCAUCCACUGAUGACUACAAGCUCCUCGUGGCCAAUUUUCGGAUGCCUCCUCCUCGGGAAAGUGAAAUUAAGGUUUUCUCUUUCAAAAGAAACUCAUGGAAGAUUCUUCGAGGUCUCAACCAUCCAGGUCUGGCGGGCAGUUGCCGCGGUUCAGCAGGGAUCCUUUGCAAUGGGUCUCUGCAUUGGCAUAUUCAUGAUUCCCGUGAGCCACUUUAUGGUCUAAGAAUAUGUAGGUUUGAUUUAGCCGAGGAGAAAUUCGACGAAAUGCUGAUGCCCUUCUGGGAUUUAAUUGAACACCACAGGGAUGCAUUCAUCGGUGGAAACAACAGGGAAACAUUCAUCGUUGGUUUGCGCAAUCUUGGAGAGUACCUGUGUUUUAUGGUUAGUACGACUACCCAUAUAGAGAUAUGGGGAAUGAUGGAAUAUGGAGUCAUAGGAUCCUGGGCGCCAAUGCUUAGAGCUAAUUAUUUUCAGCCAGUACCGGGCGUAACAUUUAUAAACCCGCUUUUCCUUUCCAGAAGUCAGCUUGUGGCAAUGACUGCUGGAUUUGCUUUGAUGAGAAGUAAUCCUGAUGGAGAGAUUCUUGAAUAUGUUGAGUACUUCAGUGGCCGUCGCUCGACUUUUUUUUAUGCCACUGUGUUUGUUGAGAGUCUACUUUCCCCUUAUCUGUGUUUGACUUGAUCGUUUUAUUUUUCUUGUUCAGUGUUUCUUUUAGUUCUUUUGCUACUCAUCAAUGAAAUGCAGAUUAGUGACGUUUCUAAGUUCUAACUCUCGAAGAUCACAUGUAUAGAGGAUCCUAGUUUUUCCAAUGCAUCCUACGCGUCUUGAAAUGUCUGUUCCAAUGCUCUUUUGUGAAUUUGUAUAAGUGGGGCAAAUUUCUGUUGAAACAAGAUGUUGUGAUCAUGCACUAUUUUGCAGAAUCUUUAUGUUUCUGAAUUUCCAUGUAAUUUGAGUUUACGUUGUAUCGAA